UUAUUCAGAGUGACUAGAGAAGAAGAGUGAUAUGGCUUGUAAUUCUAUCUCCCAAGCAGCUUCAAUGGGCACACAAAUAUGCACCCAAAUAGCUUCCAUAUUCUCAAAGCCCACCCAUCCAUACCCGGCCCCACUGGACCUUUUAGUCACCGAACUCACCUCCGUUGCCUCUCAAAAAGGCAACGUUUUUCUAUACGGCGUGGGCCGCGAGGGCCUCAUGCUCAAGGCCCUCUGCAUGCGCCUCUUCCACCUGGGCCUCUCGGCCCACUUUGUCUUCGACAUGACCACACCCCCCAUAGCCGCCGGCGACCUCCUCAUCGCCUCUGCCGGCCCCGGCGGAUUCUCCACCGUCGAUGCCCUCUGCGCGGUGGCGCGCUCCAACGGCGGAAGGGUGCUGCUCCUCACUGCCCAGCCCGAGACAGGGUCUUGCGUGAAACACGCCAACGCUGUGGCUUACGUGGCAGCGCAGACCAUGGCCGAUGAUGCGGACGCAGAAAGGGACGCGAAAUCUCGACCGUUGCUUCCGAUGGGAAGUGUGUACGAAGGGGCGCUGUUUGUUCUGUUUGAGAUGGUUGUUUACAAGUUGGGUGAGGCCUUGGGUGAGAGCCCUGAAGCCGUUCGAUCGCGCCACACUAAUCUCGAAUGAAAUUAUAUCAGCCGUUCGAUCUUGCUAUGCGUUAUGUAACGAGUGAAUGUGGUCGUUAUAUCUUCUUCCAGGAAAAUUAUUCUAUUUACACAAAUUUUGUAUGAAAAAUUGUACGGGGAUUUAACUGUUUGAAUUUUUGUAAAAUUCCUUUGAAAUAUCAGCGAUCCAGUAUGUUAAAAUAUUUUUCAAGGAGAAAUUGUGAUCAUUUUAAUUAAUUA